CUCCACGACGAUUGGUCCAGAAAACGUCAUCAUAUUUAAAAGGCGUGUCCUCUUGGAGAUCAUUAGUCGACUGCUUGUAGUUUGCCCCAUGACUUGGUGUAGGUAGGCCUACAGCAGGGACGACUCUUUAGGCUACAUUUACUAGGAAUCUUGUGUUGCAAUCGAGUGGUUGCAGCACGGCUCUUCCUAGCCUAAAUCCAGGAUGAGGGGGGAGAUCCUCCUGGCGUUGUUCUUACUGGUUUCGGCCGUAUCGUCCCAAGGAUUCGAAUCUGGUGGCUGUGAUGUAGAGGAGCCAGUGGGGUGGAGAACGGCCUCGCCGUCAGGCCACAGCCAUUCAGGGAACCGUGUCGGGAAUGCCAGUGCUUCGAUGGAGUAGCUACCUGCUACCAGAUCGAAUGUAAAGAACCAACGUGUGCGGAUCCAAUACCCGGUAGAAGGGGAAUGCUGCCCCGUCUGUCCAGAGGAAGAGAAGACAGAGGAGAUCCAUGUCAACAUACCUCCAAUGGACGUUCCUGGACAAAUGGGUCGCCGGGGCAAUGAGGGUGCCCCAGGAGCACAAGGCCCCGCCGGUUCAAGGGGAGACCCAGGCCGUAAUGGUAACAAUGGCAUCCCGGGCCCCCCAGGUCCCCCCGGCGCUUCUCCAGACUACCAGGCUGAUAACUACUUUCCACAAGGCUUCAACAAAGGCUAUGGAUUCCAACAAUCUAGUUAUAUAACAGCUCAGCCUGGUCCUCAAGGCCCUCGCGGUCCACCUGGCCCGCCCGGACAGCCGGGUCCACCUGGGUUCCAAGGUCUCCCUGGGGAGUCGGGGGAUCCGGGUCAACCCGGCCAUCCGGGUCCACGUGGUCCACCCGGCGCGCCUGGUCUAGCUGGAGAAAGUGGUGACAGUGGACGAGACGGUGAACCAGGACCCCGUGGAUUACAAGGCCUUCAGGGCGCUCGUGGGUUGCCCGGUAUCCCAGGUCUGCCUGGACCAAAAGGCCACCGAGGUUUCCCCGGUGUGUCUGGACGUCAAGGAAACCAAGGUAUUCCCGGUGAAAAGGGAGCUACUGGCCCGUCCGGUCCUGCUGGUGUCCCCGGUGCAGUUGGUGAGAGCGGUGCUCCAGGAUCUCAGGGACGUGAUGGCGCUCCAGGACCAGCUGGUUUGAGGGGUAUUGACGGAUCACCCGGAAGUCCGGGCUCCCCCGGAGCUAUUGGACCCUCUGGACCCCCAGGUAUUCCAGGUGUAUCAGGAUCUAAGGGAGACCGAGGACCUGCUGGACCCAAGGGUAGUGUGGGACCUCAGGGCGCACGGGGAGAAAGCGGGUUAGCCGGGGCUCCAGGUGAGGCAGGACGAACAGGACCAGCGGGAACUCCUGGCUCCGAUGGAGAGAAGGGAAACACAGGUGGUGUUGGUGCCGCUGGUCCCCCAGGAUUCCCCGGCCCUCGGGGUCCGCCCGGUCUGAAUGGGAGCCCUGGAUUACCCGGCCCCAAGGGAGAAAAUGGUUCCCCCGGACAAGCCGGAGGUCCUGGUGAGCAUGGAGAGCGAGGAUCACCCGGAGUGCCCGGAGAGAGGGGUCUACCCGGACUUCAGGGCGCAGACGGUAAGCGAGGCCCCCGAGGCUCCCCAGGACCCCCUGGUCCACAAGGUGUGGCAGGAGAGAGGGGAACCAGCGGUGAGCGUGGAGCUCCUGGAUCUAACGGAUUUGCUGGAAUGAAGGGCGAGACAGGGGAACGUGGAGCCCGUGGAGAAACUGGCGAGGCUGGCCCCGUGGGUGACUCAGGCCGACCUGGUCCCCCAGGACCUCCAGGAUUGAGGGGACCUACUGGAACCCCCGGUGCUGACGGAAGAUCUGGCGAAUCUGGACCAUCUGGUCCCCCUGGUAACGAUGGUAAGACUGGAGAACAAGGUCCCCAAGGAGAGCGUGGUCUACCCGGUCUGCAGGGAGCUCCCGGAGCCCCAGGAGAAACGGGAUUCCCCGGUAAAGACGGCAAACAAGGUAGUCCCGGCCCCCGUGGCCCUCACGGGGACCGUGGUUCAACCGGCCUUCCUGGUGAUCAGGGUCUUACUGGUCCUCAGGGUGAAGUAGGAGAGAGGGGAGAUCCCGGUAACAGGGGACCUGCUGGUUUCCAAGGUCUGCCGGGACAACCAGGACAACCUGGAGAACCAGGGCGACCUGGUGAGCCUGGACGACCUGGGUCCCAGGGUGAACCAGGACCUCCUGGUGAGCGGGGAGAAAGAGGAUUCCCAGGAGAGGUUGGACUGUCUGGCCCGACCGGUGCCCCAGGAGAGAGAGGUGCCCCCGGACCCUCUGGACAGGACGGACCACCAGGUCCACCUGGACCGACUGGCGAGAGAGGUGAACAAGGGCCACCUGGUCUGGUGGGUCUGCCCGGAGAGAGAGGUGGCGCCGGACCCCCAGGAGAAAGAGGACCCAACGGUGAACAAGGUGCCCGAGGCACAGACGGUGCUCCGGGAAAGAAUGGAGAGGUCGGUGAGCCCGGAGACCAGGGUAUUCCUGGUCCCCCUGGACUGAACGGUGCUAAAGGACAACGUGGGGACGCCGGAGGACGUGGUGAGAUUGGCCAGCCUGGCCAGCAAGGUGAAAUGGGACAAAUCGGCAGACCCGGUCCACAGGGAGCUCCAGGACUUCAGGGUCCUCCAGGUUCCAUGGGACCAACUGGUGAGCUAGGAUCCCCAGGCGCUAAGGGAGAAACUGGAGCCCCCGGUGUUCCUGGUGAACCUGGACAACAAGGAGAGAGUGGAGCUGACGGUGUCCAGGGACGAAAGGGUGCCCGUGGUGACCAAGGGCCUGUGGGUCUGAACGGUGCCCCGGGUGUGCCGGGUCGUCCUGGUCCCCAGGGACCUCCAGGUUCCCCAGGAAAAACUGGCGUCGCUGGUCCAAACGGAAGGCCAGGAUUAAAGGGCUCUCGCGGUGAAUCUGGACCCCCAGGUCGGGCUGGAGAGGUAGGAGCCCCAGGUCUGCCCGGAAGGGAUGGUGUCCGAGGAGACCGAGGUCAGGACGGACGAUCUGGUCCACAAGGUCCGCCAGGUCCAGCUGGUCCCCAAGGAGAACGGGGUCCCCCAGGUAUGCCAGGUAUGCAGGGAGAUCGAGGGUCACCAGGUCCCAUGGGACCAAAGGGUACCACUGGAGAGAUUGGACGGGCAGGAAAUGACGGCCAUCCCGGUGCUCAAGGCCCUCCUGGACCCCCAGGAUUCCCAGGCUCUCCCGGAGAACCAGGCCAGGCUGGCAGUGAUGGCGCACCUGGCUUAGCAGGAAUCCCAGGUCGUGCAGGUGAGAAGGGUCCCCAGGGACCUCCAGGAUCCACAGGGCCCCAGGGUCAGAGGGGACUUCCGGGCCCACAAGGACCUCCAGGUCAAAGCGGUGAAGCAGGCCCAAGAGGUUUGAGGGGAGAAACAGGUCCCGACGGUCCAGUCGGUCCCCAAGGACCACGAGGAGCACCUGGCGCACCAGGUCCCCAGGGAGAGAAAGGAGAAAUGGGAGUCCGAGGUAUCAGGGGUGCUAAGGGCCACAUCGGUCUACCAGGUUUGCAGGGUCUACCUGGCCCACAGGGUCCAUCAGGAGAACAAGGCCCCGCCGGAUCACCAGGCCCACAGGGAGUGCCAGGCUCUACCGGUCCACGUGGUAACCCAGGUAAUGACGGAGGUCCAGGUGUGCCUGGAAACCGAGGUCCACCUGGUCCCAGAGGUCCAUCUGGAGACGAUGGUCCAGCAGGUCCCAUGGGUGAAGCUGGUCAGCCUGGACGUCCCGGUCCACCAGGUGGCGCUGCUUACAGAGGAGACUGGGCAUCCUAUUUCAUGAGGGAUUCUCCAGACGUGGCCUUCGGUGAUGGUGCCAAAGAAUCUGCCUUCGAAGCCCUUAACCGCAUCUCUGCAGCAUUAGAUCGAAUUAAAGUACCAACAGGUAGCAAAGAAUCUCCCGCCCGCACUUGUGAAGAGCUCAUAGAAGCCAACGGCGGCAAAACUCUAAAGGAUGGUAUGUUCUGGAUUGAUCCUAACCAGGGUGUACCAGAGGACAGCAUCCAGGCAUACUGUAAGAUCGAGACAAGGGAGACCUGUGUCAUGCCAAGCCCCUCUAAGACCGGAUUUAAACGAUGGGCAAGAGGCAUUCUAGAUAAUCACGUGUCAUUUACUGAAUUCAGUAAGAAGCAGCUUCACUACAAGGCAGAGGACUCUCAGAUCAACUUCCUCCAGGUUCUUACAAGCCACGCCUACCAGAACGUCACAUAUCACUGCCGCAACUCUGUGGCUUAUGGUGACUCAGCAGAAAACCGUGAUGUCAGCUACAAGGCCAUCCAAUUAGAACGAUGGGAUGGAGAAUCACUGAAGGCCAAUGGCAGUGUGAAGAGACGAUAUGCUGUCAAAUUUGAUGGUUGCAAGGAAAAGAAAAAUACCUGGGACAAAACAGUUGUAGAAGUAGAUACAGACAAUACACACUGGCUACCAAUCAAUGACGUCAAAGUUUAUGACGUAGGAGCCGAAAACCAAGAGUUCGGCAUUGAGCUCGGUCCAGUCUGUUUCCGGUAACGGUGAAUGGAUUUGCCGAACUCAGUCAGCCCUGACCAAGCGGACCCUCUCUGUCACACUAUUUUGUAUUGAUUCCAACGCUCUCACAUAUCGCCACCAUGUGGUCUUUGGGAUGAAAAAAAAGGUAAAGGUGUACGGACGAAGACUGACAACUGCUUCCAGAGGUGUAUAUAUUAUUUGGACCUCUACAUGAAUAAUUAACGCCAGAAAGUUAGCACAUCACUAACUCGCGGGAUAGAAGUAGAUCUACGGCGGCGAAUCGAACGUUUACUCCAGGUGGACCAAGUCUAAGGCGUUGUUUGAAGAUUCUGUGAUAUGCCUAGUUAAGCAACGUUUACUCCCCUUGUCCUUUUUAAAGCCACCCACUGCCAUAUCAGUAAGGAUGCCGAGAUAUCUCACAUCUGUCAAAUGCCAGUUUGGACUCGUUCCUGCUGCCAUCUCGGACACUUCGGGGUUAUGCCACUCUGUUAAGUACUUUCCUGAUCGUUACAUAGGGACUAACUUCUGAGUGAGAUAGAGAUUAAAACAUCAAGCGAGGUCUGAGGCUGGAAAAAAAAUAAAAAAAGAUAAUAAAAAAACUACAA